GCUUUUCGCCACGUUGGGUUAUGUCGUAACGUUUGUUUUAGGUAUUCAUUAAACAAAGUUGAGUUGUAAUGUGGGAGGUACUAACAUUAGUGUUGUAUAAUUUAGAAGGCUAAUGCUGUGACUUAUAGGCGACAAAUAAAGCAAAUACGACGACCGAAAUCAAGUUGAUGCGGAACUGUUGACAUUCAAACAAGAAGGAUGCGUCAUUCAGUGAAGAACACAGGAAACACCCAUUGACUUUUUAUGCUUUUUAGAAGGGAUAACGAGUUUCCUCCCAAAAAUACUUAUUGUCAUUAUUGCGUGAUCUCAUUCUGCUCCUGCUUAUUUACAAAAUGCUGAUUAAAGUAAAGACACUCACAGGCAAAGAGAUAGAGAUUGACAUUGAGCCCACAGAUAAGGUGGAGCGGAUUAAAGAAAGGGUGGAGGAGAAAGAAGGGAUCCCUCCACAGCAGCAGAGGUUGAUCUACAGUGGGAAACAGAUGAACGAUGAGAAAACAGCGGCAGAUUAUAAAAUCCAGGGAGGCUCCGUUCUCCAUCUGGUACUUGCUCUGCGAGGAGGACAGCUGCUACACUUCCCCAGAAACAUACAAUCGAAGAAUGCAUUGUAGUCAUUCCUUGGAAACCUGCUGUGCCUACAAUGAUCGGAUACACCUACACCAACACUACAUUUGUAGAAAGCGCCCAGGUUCUACUUGUGGCAAACACGUACUGACAGCCACAAUAUGUUGGCUGCAAACACAUCUGUAACAAUGGGGAGACACUCCACAUGUAAAAGGUGCCCUGGUUGAAAAGGCACAGUCAGAAUGAAACAAAGCUGUGGCUUAUUGCUGCAACAGAAAACUGUAACGUCACCCUCUUUCUGCAUGUAAGCACAAGUCUUUGUCCCACUGAUGACAAAACAAACAUAACAUAUACAGAUUCUCCAAGGAAACCCCGCCCCUGGAUUGCGGUUGUAUCCGGAACACAAACUAAGGUUGACUUUUUCAUCCAUGUUUUAUUAUGUUUGAAAUUGCCCCAACUCACUUUGCUUAAUUAUUAGAGGCUACUGGGUUUAUGAGCAUAUCUAAAUUCAUUUUCUUGAGUAAAGCACCCAUGUAGAUUAGUUAGAAGCUGGACUACAGCGUAGUUAGACCUUCCAGCACUAAUUCUAAAUCAUGUACCACCGAAUCCAUUCAGUUGGAUAAUGUUUUACAUCAUUUCAUGUGAAUUGUAUUUGUUAAGAAAACAUUUUUUUGUUGCCGAUUUGCACAUUGUUCUAUUGUAAAUGACAAGGAACGUACCAACUAUGGUGUUGUCUGACAAUGGGCCCAGUUUACAUGGAUAUUGUUAGGUUUGUGUGUUCAGAUAAGCAAUGUUUUGUUUCGGGAUUGCUGUGUCAGCGCCAUUAGACCCGACUACAGAAUCGAGUGACAAGGACCUACGCUGUGGAUUUCUUUUUCAGUAAAAUAAACUCUUUUGAAAGCUGAAAAUGCCUCACUUUUGCCAUUCUGUGUUCUUCAAUAAGUC